GGUUUUGAGUAUUGAGCCAGUUUUAGUAUCCAAAGAUCCGAUAUUUGAAGAAACUUCCAAAGACCUCUCCUUAAUGUCUAAUAGCGAAGUAAGUGAGCUUCCUGUGACACACACCGAAGAAUUUAAUGAUCUUGACUAUGGUAGUAGUGAAGAAAUGCAGGAUCAAGCUGUUCAUGGACCAAGGCAGAGACCUAGGGCUGGGCGUAGUAUCAUAGGCGAUUCAACCGCUGAGAAAAACAAUGAGGGUGCAAGCGAAGUAACUAAAAGGCUAUCAAGCUGGUUUAGCUCUCUUUGGAUUUCUCCUCAAGAAAUAAGUGGCGACGCUUCUGAUAAAGACGAUCCAGACUUUGCUCAUUUUAAGAAAGGAUUGUUUAAUAGUUUCAAUAAUAUAAAAAGUGAAUCUACUAUAGAUUCUUCCAAAGAUAAUUCAAUUUGGUUGAUGGGUGUACGCUAUGAAGCAAAUAACGAUCGCAUAUCAAGUGAAUUUAGUGGUUCUUUUUAUGAAACAAGUUAUUAUUAUUCAACUCCUGGUACCUUUCCUCACAUUUCGAUGCAACAACCAAUAUUAUCACCGGCUAAUUUUCCCGCAGAUUUUUACGAUGAUUUCACUUCACGGAUAUGGGCUCUGGUCGAAGAUUUCCCUGCCGCACAUUUAAGCGUAUACGUGGCCACUGAUGGUGUGGUGUACAAAAAUGAAGUUUACAAAGCAGGUAAAAAUAACCGAGCGGGCAAAGAUUUUCAGUCUGUUUUGAUUCUAGUGGCUAUCCGGUUGGGAAUUAAUAACCUAAAUCCAAUUUAUCAUAAUGCGCUCAAGAUCAGCGAAAAAUACAAAUCAGUGUUCACUAUCGCCCAGGAGGCGCCAAUAUAUGGAGAUGAUGUUAGUGAUUUGGAUGUAUUCUCAGAAGAUGACGAUGAUGAAUUUGAAAAGUUUGAAAACGAUGAUGAAAAUGUUGAUGAUAU